AUAUUCGUCUGCUAUAUCGCUCUUCAAAACUUGUUUUUGAUUAAAUCAUCAAAAUUCAUCUCUUAUUUCGUGUCGCGUGCUUUAGUGUUCUGCGAUAACCGGAUCUAUGGGGGACGCAACUAAAGCAGCCUGUAUUUUAACAUUCUUAUGUGGCGUUUUUAUUGGGUAUAAGUUAAAAGGUUGGCGGAUCGAGUGGCUGAAACGAAGGCGGGAGAGACUAGCCAACAAGUUACUGGAAACCCAUAAAGAAAUCGAAUUGUUAUCUAAGUCAAAUUAAAAGCAUAUUAUCGAGUUACCUAUAAAAUUUAAUUUUUUGUUAUGAAUAAAGUAGAGCCUGUUGUAGUAAUUCAUGGUGGGGCCUGGGCAAUACCUGAAAAUAUUAGUGAUGCAAGCAGAAAUGGGGUCAAGUUAGCGGCUAGAAAAGCUUAUGAAAUUUUGAAACAUGGUGGUUCAGCUCUUGAUGCUGUUGAAGCGGCAGUUGUUAUUCUUGAAGAUGAACCAGUUUUUGAUGCAGGGAAAGGCUCAUGCUUGAAUGCUGCCGGUUUGAUUGAAAUGGAUGCUUCUAUUAUGGAUGGCACUUCUCUGAAAGCUGGAGCUGUUGCAGCAGUUGCAAACAUAAGCAACCCAAUUUGUUUAGCUCGGAUGGUUAUGGAACAAACUGACCAUUGCUUGCUUGUGGGUGAAGGAGCAAAUAUGUUUGCCAAUGAAUGCAAUGUCCCCAGCGUGGAUCCAUCAAGUUUGGUCACUGAAGCCUGUCUUGAAGAAUGGCAGACUUUCGAAAAAUAUAAAAGUGCUGUAGAUUCUUUAUUCAACAACCAAAUCACCUCACUGCCACUUGGGCAUGACACCGUCGGAGCUGUUGCCAUGGACGCCAACGGGCGAAUUGCAGCCGCUACAUCCACUGGAGGUAUCACCGGUAAAAGAGUGGGCCGGGUUGGAGAUAGUCCUUUAAUAGGAAGUGGAACUUAUGCAAUUGACGAAAUCGGUGGCGUGUCCUGUACUGGCCAUGGAGAGUCUAUCAUAAAAAUAUGUUUAGCCAAACAUAUAAUCUGUUUGAUGGAAAGCGGCAUGAAAGCUCAAGAAGCUGUCGAGCAAUCCCUGCAGUUAAUGAAUUCAAGAGUAAAAGGUGCAGGCGGUGCCAUUUGCAUCAGCGCUUCCGGUGAACCUGCUUUUCACUUCACCACUGAGCGAAUGGCGUGGGCAAUUGCCAAAGCGGACGUCUUGUCCUGGGGCCUCGACCCAAAAGAAAGUAACGUUGAAAAGAUGGCCUGAAAUCGUUUUCAUCUGCCUUCAACUAUUUAGUGCAAAGUAACCAGCAAUUUUUAGACGUAUAGUGCAAUUGCGGGCUGGGCCCAGUAUCAUUUUUUAAAAGGCGGUUGUAACGUGCGGAAAUGAAUAGAGGUUGAAACCGCUUUCAGUUA